CCAUCAUCACGCCAAUCACCAAAUUCGUUACGGCCCCCUAUCGAGGCUUGCCACGACGUAUCCGAUGCCUCUUCACUGAAUAAAAUGCGCUCAUCAAUCCUCACAUCUGCCUCUCGCCCUUUUCUACGCUUCACCACAGCUCGCCCUGUCCACGCCGCCCGCUGUCUUCACCUCGCGCCACCGUUUCUUCUUGACGACUACACGCCGCGCUAUGCGCUGCUCAGUUCGCGCGAUGCAGCCCUGAAGAAGUCAAAGGCGUACGCGCACAUGCGCAAUUGCAACCUCUGCCCGCGGCUCUGCGGCGUCAACCGCUACGAAAAGACGGGCAUGUGCAUGAUUGGCGAAAAGGCGAAAGUGAAUGUCAUAGCCCCUCAUUUCGGCGAAGAACCAUGCAUCCAAGGUCACAACGGCAGCGGCUCCGUCUUUAUGAGCGGCUGCAAUCUGCGGUGCGUAUUCUGUCAAAACUACGACAUCUCGCACCAGCGUAACGGGCAGGAUUUAACGCCCGAGGAGCUUGGUGAGUGGUACAUCAAGCUGCAGGACAUGGGCAAUGUACACAACAUCAACAUUGUCACGCCAGAGCACGUAGUCCCCCAAGUGGCCUUGAGUAUCUUGCACGCAAGAGAUCUCGGACUAAAGAUCCCCAUUGUCUACAACACGUCGAGCUUUGAUUCAAUGGAGUCUCUUGCGCUGAUGGACGGCUUGGUGGACAUUUACUUGGCCGACUUCAAGGUGUGGGAGGCCAGCACGUCCAAGAGACUGCUCAAAGCGGACGAUUAUGCCGAGACAGCCAGGGAGAGCGUGAUUGCUAUGCAGAAGCAGGUGGGCGAUUUGUGUUUUACAGGAGACGGUGUAGCAAAGAAGGGCUUACUGGUGAGGCAUCUGGUCAUGCCGGGGAGACAGGAGGAGGGCGCUCGAAUCAUGAAGUUUUUGGCAGAAGAGGUUUCUACAGACUGUUUCGUCAACAUUAUGGAGCAGUAUAGACCGGCUGCACACGUGGGGAAGCCCAGGCGCGGUAAAGAGGGCGAGCAGCGCUAUCUUGAUAUCAAUAGGGCCAUCAAUGAGGGGGAGAUGUCAGUGGUCAGAAAGGCAGCAGAAGCGGCGGGACUGUGGCGGUUUAAUGAUCCGCCUCGCCAUGAUGGGUUUGCCAUCUAAAACACACACGACUCUCUUUCUUCUUUAUCAAGAAGUAUACAGCUAUGACGGGGCUCUAUUAACGAUGCUACUCGACGGCAUACACAUGGUUUACUUUACGCCAGGCCAUACCGAAAAAUGGAGUUUAACACACUUGAAUUCAAUCUAUAUCACAAACUCAAAGCCCCCAAGACGCAAGCUUCUUUUGGCCCUCAUCUGUAAACAGCAGAUUACCACAGUUGUAACCCAUCAUCAACAGGGCCGGGUAUCGCCAAUGGAACCACAUGGGAUGCGCCUCGGCUCCAAAGUACCCAAAGUAGUGAUCCAAGCUAAAGCACAGAUAAUUGCAGGACCCCAGCACCAAGAAAGUGAGGAGUGUGGUGAACCAGACGGCCUUUUUGCCGUAGUAGACGUCGACAAGGAAGACAUUGGUGAUGCCGCCCAAAGCGCCGCCCAUGCCGAGCGGGCACAACACCAGUGUCCAAAUCAUCUUGUGGAUGAGCUCGCGCGUGCCAGAUAUGAAGAGCACGGCCACGGCGAGUAAAAAUAUUUCGACCGCGAGGGAUGUGAGCCAGAAGAGCAGGAAGGGUCGCAGGUAGAGGAUGCGGCGCUUGGAGGCGGCUUCUUUUUCAGCAUCGCUAGAUGUGAUGAGCACUUGGUAUUGUGGGAGAGCGCUCAUGUUAGGAUGGUAAGAGGUGUAUAGGAAUUAGAAAUAUGAGCGAAGACUUUUGUUGUCAAGUUUACUAGCUACAAGAUUCAAUGGACACCGCGUGUUAUUUAU